GGUCCCGGCUGGGGCUCCGGCGACCCAGGGGGCACAGGGAGGGGGGCGGAGGCGGUGGGAUCGCGGCUGGGUGCCUGCCCCCUCCUUCAUAUGAGGCGGUGGCGGUGUUGCUAAUAACCUGUCCUUCCCUCUCUUCCCCUCCUCCCUCACCUCCCCCUCCUCGUUUUCUUAUUGUUUUUAUUUUUUUAUUCAUUUCUUUCUGCAUCUCGUCGCCUCGUUUUGAAGCCCUUCGCGAAAGCCCGGCGGUGGCAAAGGCGAGGAGAAGGAGUUAGCUGGCCUGGGGAGAUGCUGUAGCUGUUCCGGCUGCUGCGCUUGCGGCUUGGUGCCAGCUGCCCGCCCUGGGAGGACCGGGCUCGGAACCGGGCUAAAGGACGAGCGAGAGCCGGCUCUGUCGGAAGCUGGCGUUUCUAGAAUUCAACAGCUUUUUAUUAAUGAAGAGCCACUUGUUAUCACCAAUGUGCACAUGAAAUGGAAAGGGAGCAGAUUCGGGAAAACAGCUUCCGUUUCAACCUUGCAAGAUGCUGCAUGAAGUGUGUCAUAAGACCUAUCGAACAAAUUUAAAAGAGAUGAGAAGACCAAAUCAACAUAUCUAAACCUGUUAGAUAAGUGUAAAGACGUUUAAGUGACCGCUCUACUUGAUCAAAAUGGUGGACACUGAAGACCAGCUCUAUCCCCUUACUCCCUUGGAGGAGGAUGAUAUAGGCAGCCCUUUAUCUGGAGAGUUCCUACAAGAUAUGGACAGCAUUCAAGACCUCUCUCAGUCUCUAGGUGAUGAUAGCUCUGGGGCUUUAAGUCUAACAGAGUUCCAGUCACUGGGAAAUGGUCCAGGGUCUGAUGGAUCAGUUAUAACAGACACCCUUUCACCAGCAUCCAGUCCUUCAUCCAUUAAUUUUGCCACAGCUCCAGGUAGCAUAGAUGAAUCACCCAGUGGAGCAUUAAACAUUGAAUGUAGAAUUUGUGGGGAUAAAGCCUCAGGCUACCAUUACGGAGUACAUGCUUGUGAAGGUUGUAAGGGUUUUUUUAGAAGAACGAUUCGACUAAAACUCAUCUAUGAUAAAUGUGACCGGAACUGCAAAAUUCAGAAAAAAAAUCGUAAUAAGUGCCAGUACUGUCGUUUUCAAAAGUGCCUUUCAGUCGGAAUGUCACAUAAUGCAAUACGUUUUGGACGAAUGCCAAGGUCAGAGAAGGCCAAGUUGAAAGCAGAAAUUCUUACAGGUGAAAAUUAUGUAGAAGAUUCAGAAAUGGCAGAUCUUAAAUCACUCGCUAAAAGGAUUCAUGAUGCUUACCUGAAAAACUUCAAUAUGAACAAGGUUAAAGCCAGAAUCAUUCUUGCAGGGAAAGCAAGUAACAAUCCACCUUUUGUUAUACACGAUAUGGUUACCUUGUGUAUGGCAGAGAAAACCCUGGUGGCAAAAUUGGUUGCCAAUGGAAUUCAGAACAAAGAAGCUGAAGUUCGAAUCUUCCACUGCUGCCAGUGCACGUCUGUAGAGACCGUCACAGAACUCACUGAAUUUGCCAAAUCUAUCCCUGGCUUCUCCAGUCUUGACUUGAAUGAUCAAGUGACACUCUUAAAAUAUGGAGUUUAUGAAGCCAUAUUUGCCAUGUUAGCAUCUGUGAUGAACAAGGACGGGAUGCUGGUAGCCUAUGGAAAUGGAUUUAUAACGCGGGAGUUCCUGAAAAGCCUGAGAAAGCCAUUUUGUGAUAUCAUGGAGCCAAAAUUUGAUUUUGCAAUGAAAUUCAAUGCACUAGAAUUGGAUGAUAGCGAUAUAUCCCUUUUUGUUGCUGCCAUCAUUUGCUGUGGAGAUCGUCCUGGUCUUGUAAAUGUAGAACACAUUGAAAAAAUGCAGGAGAGCAUUGUGCAUGUACUGAAACUCCACUUGCAAACCAACCAUCCUGAUGACAUCUUCCUCUUCCCAAAACUUCUCCAAAAAAUGGCUGACCUCCGACAACUUGUCACAGAGCAUGCUCAGCUUGUUCAGAUAAUUAAGAAGACUGAAUCUGAUGCACAUUUGCAUCCUUUACUACAGGAAAUCUACAGGGAUAUGUAUUAAGGAUUUUUAGUAUUUUUUUUUCCAUAAUAUUUAAAGACAAAAGCAAUACUAAUAACAGAUGGGAGCAAAACUACUUGCACAGUUAUCUGCUGUUCACUCAACCCAGAGCAUGAAAAAUCUAAAAGCUGGAUAACUGGAGUGUUAACACUUCUUUUGGUUUGGGAUCUUUUGUUUUCUUUUGAAAGAGUUCUGGAGAAAUGUACUGAUCAUAGUGCUCAUGAAAUGGUUCUUACAAUGGUUCUUUUAUUUGGAAAUUUGAAGAUUGGUAAAGAAUACAUAUUUGUAUAAUAAAUCAGAAUGUUAAGUAACAGAAAUGAA